AUGACCUCGAUCGUGUCCGGAUCCGGAGCUGCGCGCGUCACCGACGACGUGCGCCAGGCCGUCCUGGCCAUCAGCCGCCGCCAAGACCUCAACGCCAACUCGGCCAGCGGCGACGACGUGGUGCCCUUCUGCGUGCUCAAGUUCGUCGAGGGCUCGGAAUCGACGCUCGCCAUCGACAUCCUCUCCACGCUCGGCGACGAUAAGGCCGAUGACCAUCAUCAGCGGGUGCCGUCUACCUGGGACCAGCUGGUGGCGAGCCUGCCCCGCGACCAGUGCCGCAUGGCCCUCGCCCAGGUGCCGUGGACGGCCCACUCCGACAACGUCACCCGGUCGCGCCUGGUCUUCAUCCUGUGGGCGCCCUCGCACGGACCCUCGAUCAAGCAGCGCAUGACGGCCUCCAUGUUCUCCAAGGGCGUCGAGCGGAUGGUCGAGCAGUGGGUGGGCAUGCCUGUGAGGGUGGAGGCCGCCGGCGUCGACGAUCUCGAACUGGCCGACGUGCGCGACAAGAUCCGCUCCAAGGCCACCGUCAAAUAG